AUGUCGCCGGUACGCGCGGAGGAAGACGGCCAGCUCUGCCCGGGUCGCGGAGAGCGAGGUCUGAGGCUGCCGCCUGCGCUGUCCUCUCCCGCCCUCGCCCGCGGGCACACCCCCACCCCUCCUGCCCCGAGACCCCUCCCCCGGGGGAGGGUCCACUUGUGGGCUGCUCUGUCCCCAGGGACUCCAGUGGACCAGCGUCUGGGGCUCCCUUGCCCUAUCUUUGAUUUGAUGGGCUGCAGCCACAGGGGACCAGAGCAGCAACCAACCAUCUUCCAGAAUAAAAAGAAAGUGCUAUUGGGUGAAACUGGCAAGGAGAAGCUCCCGCGUUAUUACAAGAGCAUCAGACUGGGCUUCAAGACACCCAAGAAGGCCAUUGAGGACAACUAUAUUAAUAAGAAAUGCUCCUGCACUGGUAAUGUCUCCAUCCCAGGAAGAAUCCUGUCAGGCGUGGUAACAAAGUUAAAGAUGCAGAGGACCGUUGUCAUCCGCAGAGAUUAUAUCCACUAUAUCCAUAAGUACAAUCGCUUCAAGAAGUGUCACAAGAGCAUGUCGUCUGUGCACCUGUCUCCCUGUUCCAGAGAUGACCAGAUCAGGGACAUUGUCACCAUGGGCGAGUGCCAGCCUAUGAGCAAGAUCGUGCUCUUCAGUAUGCUCAAGGUCGCCAAGCAGUUCGAAAAGUUCUGA